UGCGUGGAUGCGUAGACUCUUCAACCCCAAAUCCAAAUUCAAAAUGAAACUGGCAACUUAGCUACAAAUCAACGCUUUCCAGGAUCUUCCCGUCCCCCAAUUUUGACUCUUCAUCCUUACAAUUCAGUUUCAAAAAAUAUUUAUAAUCAGGAUCGUCGCUAACUCACUCAGUUCUUCGUUCAACACUGCUCAAAUUUUUCUGGGGUUUUCGUGGACUUUCGAUUUUGGAUCACUGUAUUUCUGAUUUUUGACUUCCAUGGACGCGAUCGCUUUCUCUGCCGCUCAUUCCAAUAUGAAGCUUCUCGAUUCCAACACCCUUAAUCCGGAUCGCACGGUUUCUACGUCAUUCUCUGUGCCGAAAUCUCUUGUGUCUUUCUCUUGUAAAUCCUCUGGAAAAUUGCAAGUUCGUGAUAAGUCUAGAACUCAAGGAUUAGUGGUUUCUUGUUCUAGCUCCAAUGGUCAGGGGCUACAACUUUCUGGCCCUGUUGAGAAGAGAGGCCGUCUUGGACAAGCAUUUUGCUCAGUAGGAACUGUCUCCUAUGGUGAAUUUGCUUUAGAAUCUCACUCUCAGGCAGUAGAAGAGAAGGUUGGAGUUCUGCUCCUGAAUCUAGGAGGGCCAGAAACGCUUGAUGAUGUUCAGCCAUUUUUGUACAACCUAUUUGCUGAUCCGGAUAUUAUUCGGCUCCCGAGGUUGUUCCGUUUUCUCCAAGAGCCAUUGGCGAAGUUAAUUUCUACUUUUCGUGCUCCGAAAAGCAAAGAAGGGUAUGCUUCAAUUGGUGGUGGCUCACCUUUGCGUAAAAUAACAGAUGAACAGGCACAGGCGCUUAAAAUGGCUUUGGAAGAGAAAAACAUAUCUGCUAAUGUCUAUGUCGGAAUGCGCUAUUGGUACCCUUUCACAGAGGAAGCGAUUCAGCAAAUUAAGAGGGAUGGGAUAACAAAACUUGUGGUGCUGCCACUGUAUCCACAGUACUCUAUUUCGACAACCGGGUCCAGUAUUCGUGUUCUCCAGAAGAUUUUCAGGGAAGACGCAUAUCUCUCGACAUUGCCUGUUUCGAUUAUAAAGUCGUGGUAUCAACGAGAAGGGUAUAUUAAGUCGAUGGCCGACUUGAUUCAGACAGAGCUGAAGAAUUUCGUUAAUCCUCAGGAGGUUAUGAUUUUCUUUAGUGCACAUGGGGUUCCCGUCAGUUAUGUUGAGAAUGCUGGAGAUCCUUACAAAGAUGAAAUGGAGGAGUGCAUCUACCUAAUCAUGCAAGAGUUGAAGGGCAGAGGGGUUGGAAAUGAGCAUACUCUUGCUUAUCAGAGCCGCGUUGGACCUGUACAAUGGCUAAAGCCAUACACUGAUGAAGUUCUUGUUGAGCUUGGCCAGAAGGGUAUCAAGAGCCUCCUAGCCGUUCCCGUGAGCUUUGUGAGUGAGCACAUCGAGACUCUUGAGGAGAUAGAUAUGGAGUAUAAGCACUUGGCACUUGAAUCUGGGAUCGAAAACUGGGGGCGUGUGCCCGCUCUCAACUGCAAGUCUUCAUUCAUUGUGGAUCUGGCCGAUGCAGUAGUCGAAGCCCUUCCAUCUGCUACGGCAUUGUCACCCCACGCAGGCUCCGCAGAUACAAAUGAUCGUGGUUCUUUUCGAUUUGAUCCUAUCAGAUUGUUAUUUGGUUCAAUCCUUGCAUUCAUCUUGUUACUCUCACCCAAAGCGUUUCUAGCGUUUAGGAAUAAUUUCAUUUGACGAUACAAUGAUACAAGACAUAGGUAGAAUAGGUCAGUGUUGCAUGGAUUGGAUAGGGGAGGGGAUCGUUUUAAAUUUACUUGAGAUAAAAGGCAAAAAAUUUCAGCAUGGCAAUCAUAGGUAUUACGUUUUGUACUAAAUUUGUAUUAGGGCAAACACUGACGGAUUCAGACACAAAUGAAAAUAAAGGAGGAAUUACGUUUUCUUGCUCAUGAUUCACAUUUCA